AGCCCCGGACCGGCCGACAGCACAGAGGGGACGCCGGCAGGGUUGGAGGGCGGCCAUGGCCAAGAUGGAGGUGAAGUCGUCGCUCCUGGACAACAUGAUCGGCGUCGGGGACAUGGUCCUCCUGGAGCCGCUCAACGAGGACACUUUCAUCGACAACCUCCGGCAACGCUUUGACCACGGCGAAGUCUACACGUACAUCGGCAGCGUGGUGGUAUCUGUGAAUCCCUACAGGCCGCUGCCCAUUUAUUGCCCGGAGAAGGUGGAAGACUACAGGAACCGCAACUUCUACGAGCUCAGCCCGCACAUCUACGCGCUGGCCGACGAGGCCUACCGCUCCCUCAGAGACCAGGACAAGGACCAGUGCAUCCUCAUCACCGGGGAGAGCGGCGCGGGGAAGACAGAGGCCAGCAAGCUCGUGAUGUCGUACGUGGCGGCCGUGUGCGGCAAGGGAGCCGAGGUCAACCAGGUCAAGGAGCAGCUCCUCCAGUCCAACCCUGUGCUGGAAGCGUUUGGCAACGCCAAGACCGUGAGGAAUGACAACUCCUCAAGAUUCGGCAAAUACAUGGACAUCGAGUUCAACUUCAAAGGCGAUCCCUUGGGUGGCGUGAUCAGCAACUAUCUCCUGGAGAAAUCCCGCGUGGUGAAGCAGCCCAGGGCCGAACGGAACUUCCACAUUUUCUACCAGCUCCUCUCGGGGGCUUCGGAAGAAUUGCUCAGUAAACUGCACCUGGAGCGCGACAUUAGCAUCUACAACUACCUGAACCUGGACUCGGCCAGCGUGGACGGCGUGGACGACGCGGCCAACUUCCGGACUGUCAGGAAUGCGAUGCAGAUCGUGGGCUUCCUGGACCAGGAGACUCAGUCGGUCUUGGAGGUGGUGGCUGCCGUUCUGAAACUGGGGAACAUCGAGUUCAAGCCGGAGUCGCGAAUGAACGGUCUGGAUGAGAGCAAAAUCAAGGACAAAAAUGAGCUGAAGGAAAUCUGCGAGCUGACCGGGAUCGACCAGGCGGUCCUGGAACGGGCCUUCAGCUUCCGGACGGUUGAGGCCAAGCAGGAGAAAGUAGCCACCACCCUCAACGUGGCCCAGGCCUACUACGCCCGUGACGCCUUGGCCAAGAACCUGUACAGCAGACUCUUCUCCUGGCUGGUGAACCGCAUCAACGAGAGCAUCAAGGCCCAAACCAAGGUGAGGAAGAAGGCGAUGGGCGUACUGGACAUCUACGGCUUUGAGAUUUUUGAGGACAACAGCUUCGAGCAGUUCAUCAUCAACUACUGCAACGAGAAACUGCAGCAGAUUUUCAUCGAGCUGACGCUGAAGGAGGAGCAGGAGGAAUACGUCCGCGAGGGCAUAGAGUGGACGCACAUCGACUACUUCAACAACGCCGUCAUCUGUGACCUGAUAGAAAAUAACACGAACGGGCUCCUGGCCAUGCUGGACGAAGAGUGCCUGCGCCCGGGCACGGUGACGGACGACACCUUCCUGGACAAGCUGAACCAGGUGUGCGCCUUCCACCCGCACUUCGAGAGCCGGAUGAGCAAGUGCGCGCGCUUCCUCAACGACACCUCCCUCCCGCACAGCUGCUUUCGCAUCCAGCACUACGCCGGCAAGGUGCUGUACCAGGUGGAGGGCUUCGUGGACAAGAACAACGAUCUGCUGUACCGCGACCUCUCCCAGGCCAUGUGGAGGGCGCAGAGGCCCCUCAUCCGCCACCUGUUCCCCGAGGGGAACCCCGAGAAGAUGAGCCUGAAGAGGCCACCCACUGCCGGUUCCCAGUUCAAAGCCUCCGUGGCUACCCUGAUGAAGAACCUGCAGACCAAGAACCCCAACUACAUCAGGUGCAUCAAGCCGAACGAGCAGAAGGCAGCCCACGUGUUCAGCACGGCGCUGGUGGGCCACCAGAUCCGCUACCUGGGCCUGCUGGAGAACGUGCGAGUCCGCAGAGCCGGCUACGCCUUCCGCCAGCCCUACCAGCCCUGCCUCCACCGCUACAAGAUGCUCUGCCCGCAGACCUGGCCCCACUGGCCAGGCCCCGCCAGGGAGGGUGUGGAGAGGCUGGUCAGCCUGCUGCAGAUCCCCCCGGACGAAUACUCCUUCGGGCGAUCCAAGAUCUUCAUCCGCAACCCGAGGACGCUGUUUGAGCUGGAGGCCCUGCGGAGGCGGAGGCUGGAGGACCUGGCGACGCUGGUGCAGAAGGUCUACCGUGGUUGGAGAUGCCGUCUGCGCUUCCUGCUCCUCAGGGCCAGCCAGAUCCUCAUCGCCGCCUGGUUCCGGCGCUACGCGCAACAGAAGAAGUUUCAGCGCAUCAAGAGCUCGGCCAUCGUGAUCCAGUCGUACACCAGGGGGUGGCAGGCCCGGAAGCUGCUCUGCCAACUGAAGCACCACAAACGUUGCGAGGAAGCCGUCACCAAGAUUGCCGCCUUCUGGCGCGGGACCCAGGCACGGCGGGAACUGAAGCGCUUGCAGGAAGAAGCUCGGUGUAAGCGGGCAGUGGCUGUGAUUUGGGCUUUCUGGCUCGGACUGAAGGUCCGCAGGGAGUACAGGAAGUUCUUCCGAGCCUACGCCGGAAAGAAAAUUGCGGAGUUCAUCCUGCAGAGAAUCAUCCAAAAAUACUUCCUGGAAAUGAAGGCUAAGAUGCCUUCCUUGUCUCCGAUAGACAAGAACUGGCCCGCGAGACCCUACCUCUUCCUGGAGGCCACGCACACCGAGCUCAAGAGAAUCUUCCACCUGUGGAGGUGUAAGAAGCACCGCGGCCAGUUCACGGAGCAGCAGAAGCUGGUCUACGAGGAGAAGCUGGAAGCCAGCCAACUCUUCAAGGACAAGAAAGCUCUGUACCCAGCCAGCGUGGGGAGGCCGUUCCAGGGAUCCUACUUGGAGAUGGGCAAGAACCCCAAGUACAAGAAGCUCCAGGAGGCGGUGGAAGAGAAGAUCAUCAUCGCCCAAGUCGUCAGCAAGAUCAACCGAGCCAACGGCAAGGGCAGUUCGAGGAUCUUCCUGCUGACCAGCGACCACGUGGUCCUGGCCGACCACAAGUCCGGCCACAUCAAGGCCGAGGUCCCUCUGGGCGACGUCACCAAGGUGUCCGUGAGCUCCCAGAACGAUGGCUUCUUCGCCGUCCACCUGAAGGAGGGCUCCGGCGCGGCCGGCAAGGGCGACUUCCUGUUGAGCAGCGACCACCUGAUCGAGACGGCCACGCAGCUGUACCGGGCCACCCUGAGCCAGACUGACCAGCCGCUCCACAUCCAGAUCUCGGACGAAUUCCUGGUCCAGUUCCGGCAGGACAAGGUAUGCGUGAAGUUCAUUCAGGGCGCCCAGAGGAACGGCGGCGUCCCGACCUGCAGGCGGAGGAACAACCGCCUCCUGGAAGUGGCCGUCCCCUAACCCUCCGCCCGGCCACCCCGGGCUCCGGCCCGGCCCGCGGGGACACCCCACCGCACCAGGGCCGGGCACCCCUUUCGCCUCGUGGAAUAUUUAACCCUAGAAAUACAGCCCUGCCGGCGACAGGGCUGUAUUUCUGUGUCCUUCUCCUUCCGUCGCCGGCGAGCCGGCACGUGACUGACCAGUGAUUUCCGCUUGUUCAUGUAGAGGCCCGCCUUUGGGGCGGGUUUGGCUUCUGGCGCAGACAAAGGCAAGCAGUGCCCCCAAGGCGACGACCAACCCUUACCCCCUUUCCCCGACCGCUGUCCACGCAGCCCUUCCCAAAGAUGUCUGCCUGAUCGGUUCUUCCCAAAGAUGGCUGCCGCUGUGUGACUUCCCAGAGAUGGCCGCCCCCAGGGGAGUUCCCACAGAUGGCCAUCACCAGGGGAGCUCCCAAAGAUGCCCAUCACUCCAGAUCUUCCCAGAGACGGCUGCCACUUUGGGCCUUCUCAAAUAUGGCUGUCACUGAGAGGUCUCCCUGAGGUGGCUGCCACUUUGGGCUUUUUAAAGAAAGCUGCCGCUAGACGGCUUCCCAGAGGUGGCCACUACCAGGGGAGCUCCCAAAGAUGGCCACCGCUACAGGUCUUCCCAAAGAUAGCUGCCGCUUUGGGCCUUCUCAGAUAUGUCUGCCACUAUGAGAUCUCCCAAUGGUGGCUGCCACUUUGGGCCUUCCAAAGAUGGCCACCGUCUUGGGCUUUCCCAAAGAUGGCCACCGAAUCAGGUUUUCCCCAAGGCAGCUACCACUGAAGGCCCUCCCAAAGAUGGGCAGCCCUUCGGGCCUUCUCAUUUCAUGGCCACCACCUUCAGCCUUCUAAAAGACGGCCGCUACUUUGUCUUCCCAAAGAUGGCCGUGGCAUUGGGACCUCCCAAAUAUGGCCACCACCAUGGGGACUACACAGGGAUGACUGCCCCCUCUGAACCCCUAGAAGAUGAUGGCCAAUUCAAGUCCCUCCGAAGAUAGUCGGCCCUUCUGGAUCUCCCCAAAAUGGUUGCUAUUUCGGGGACCCACCAAAAAAUGGCUGCCAAUUUGGGACCACCCCCCCAAAAAAUAAACAAAAAUUAAAAAAUAGCCACCUCUUUGGGACCAAAAAGUGAUAGCAGGGCUGAGUCAGAGACUCGCCCCCCCCCCCCCCCAGCUGGCUGGACUCUCAAUGGAAAAGCACCCUGGGGGUGGCUCGGGAAGAGGGGAGAGGGUGGGACGGGUGGCCCGAUGUUGGAUUGGAAGGCAGCCCUGCCAGGUUCAGAAUAUUCGUUCAUUUGUUAUCCCACUGAGCAGGAGACAACCCACUGCUGUCUUUGACUUUGGCUCCUCUCACUAACGUGCCACUUGGAGGGAGAGUGUAAGGGGUGCGACAGGCGGGGAGGGAGGGAUACAGACAGAGAGAGAGAGAGCAUGGGGUGUAUAGUAGU